AUGUUGAAUUGGCUGGGUGACGUGUGUGUUGUGGGCGGUGGGCGGUGGGCGGUGGGUGAGCAAACCAGCAAAAUGAGCGGCAUCCCCGACACCACCCUCUACGACAUCCUGCACCUUCCCCCGACCGCCACAAAGACCGAGAUCAAAAAGGCCUACCACAAAGCGGCGCUCUCCUCGCACCCCGACAAGGUCCCCGAGCACGAGCGCGAGGACGCCGAGCACAAGUUCAAGGGCGUCUCGCAGGCCUACGAGAUCCUGUACGACGAGGACAAGCGCGCGAGCUACGACCGCUUCGGCAUGGCCGCCUUCACGCCCGGCGGCGGCAACGGCGCGGGCAUGGACGGCGAGGUGGACCUGGAGGACCUCCUGAGCCAGAUGUUUAUGGGCGGCAUGGGCGGCAUGCCGGGGAUGGGCGGCAUGGGGGGCAUGCCCGGGAUGGGCGGCAUGGGGGGGGUGGGCGGAAUGGGUGGAGGGAGGAGGGGAAGGGGGAAGGAUACGGUACAGGAGUAUGAGGUGAGCCUGGAGGAUCUGUACAAGGGCAAGACCGUCAAGAUGAAGAGCACCCGCAAUGUCCUCUGCACGCAAUGCAAAGGCACCGGCGGCAAACCCAACACCAAGCCCAAAAAAUGCACCACCUGCGCCGGCAAAGGCCACACCGAAACGCUCCGCCAAAUCGGCCGCGGCCUCGUCACGCAAGAAACCACACCCUGCGCCGCCUGCUCCUCGACGGGCCAAACCUACCGCGACCGCGACCGCUGCCGCCGCUGCAAGGGCGCCUGCGUGGUCGAAGAAAAGAAGGUCCUCGAACUCUACAUCCCGCGCGGCAGCAAGCACGGCGACAAGAUCGUGCUCGAGGGCGAGGCCGACGAGGCGCCGGACCAGGAGACGGGCAACAUCGUGUUCGUCCUCGACGAGAAGGAGCACGGCGUGUUCGACCGCAGCGGGUCGGACCUGAGCGCGCGGAUGGGCGUGACGCUGGCGGAGGCGCUGACGGGCUUCGAGAAGGUUGUGCUGAAGCACCUGGAUGGGAGGGGCGUGUUGGUGAAGCAUCCGAGGGGGAAGGUGUUGAGGCCGGGGCAGGUGCUGAGGGUGAAGGGGGAGGGGAUGCCGAGGAAGAAGAGUGAUGAGAGGGGCGAUCUGUAUUUGGUCGUGGAUAUCGAGUUUCCCAAGGAUGGGUGGAGCCCCGAGGUCGAGAAGAUUAGGGAGCUGUUGCCGAAGUCGGAGAAGGAGAAGGAGGAGAUUAAGGCGGAGCAGGUCGAUGAGGUCGACUAUGAGGAGGCUGAUAUGGAUGAAUACGGCGCAGAAGAAGGCGGCCAGGGCGGCGUCUGGGAGGACGACGACGAAGACGACGAGGAUGGCGACGGGCAUCCGCAGUGCGCGCAGGCGUAG